GUGCUGCUCUUGAAUCGUCUCGUUUGCGUGGCCGCCUUCGUGAUCGCGAUCGCGUUCGAGGAUAGAUCCUUCCCUCGACGUAUAAUAUCGGUGGGAAAUCGGUGGAUCUCGAAUAGUUUGGUAUUUUCGUGUUUGAUUCUGGAUCUUUUUUUUUUUUUAAGAAGAUUGUAGAAUAGUCGAAGAUUAUUCGGGAUUAUAAUAUCAUAUCGGUGGAGAAGGUGGUAUCGAAUUUUUAUUUUGUCGAGACGAGAUUGAAGAAAAUUUAUUCUUAGAUUCGGUGGUUUUUGAGUUUAAAAUUUUCACAUUUGAUACAAGAUCGAAUUUUUUUAUUCGUGAAAUUGAUGAAGAUUGGAUUUUAUGCGUGGAUUCGAAUCUCUUAUUCGUAUUCCAGUGAUUGCUGAGGAAUGUAAAUCGCGUGUAUUCUUUGAUUUUGCGAAUUUCGUAUCUACGAAGAUGGUAGAUGAUUCCCGAGUUUUAAAGAUUCGAGUCGAAAAAUUAAUAUUUGUGUGAAAAUAGAGAUCGGCAGUGUUAAAUUUCAUCUCGAAGUUUGAAUUUUCAAGGAUGGAAAUCUGAAGUAUUUGAAUCUAAGGAGUUUGUCGUGAGAAACCUGUGACCGAAGUGCAAAGUUUCCUGGAUCUUAAAGACAUUUGAAUAUCGACUUCGACUGUGAAGAUUUCGCUUCUAAAAUCGGCGAGUGAUCGUAGACGAUUCGAAAUAGAACCGCAAUUUAAUCCAAUGAAAUUUACAUAAGUUUAUUCUUACGAAUUUUGAAGACUUCUACUAAUCGCCGAAAAUAGGAUCUAAAAUUGUCAUUGUCGUUUGACAAACAACAUACGAAACGAUUUAUCGUUUACUCGCGCUCGAAAUUCAAUGUUAAAAACGUAAUAAAACGAACCAAACUACUGUUUGAAACUAUUUGAAUCUCAAAAAUUUUCUCAUUCAAGCAUCAAUCUAUUUAAAUUAAUAUUUAAAUUUACUCGAAACUUAAUUUCAAAGAAACCGUAAAAUCGUAACAACACAUAGCAUUUUUCAGCCAAUAUACAAAAUUUUAAAACAUCGCUCGAUAAAUCCCAAAAAACUUCUAGACGGGAAAUCUACUGCCUAAACGAAAACCACAAUUCGUUGCAAUUUUACCAACGGGAUCUUUUACCAACUUCCACCGCCUCGACAAACUUUUCCAUUAACAAGACGAGAGACGAGAACAAAGACCAACCAGCGUCCGUGCAUCCGUGAGAAAAGUGUUGCAAAUUCUCUAUACACGCUUCCAUUAUACCGCUUGAUUCGUAGGAAAAGUCAUUAUCAACAGUCUCGAUCGCAACACGUUUGACCGCCAUUAGAAAUCGAUAUAUAGGAUCGAGGAUAAAGAGAUUAUAAAUCCCGCGUGAUAGACGAUGAAUAUUUCAUGGGAGACGAGGUAGAGGGAAAACGAUAUCCUCUCCAAGGAUUUAUAACGAUGCGUGUGAAUGGACUGGAUGGAAUCGUUUCGAGACGUUUGACGAGAGUACCUGGUGAAACAGGAAGCGGAGGAUGCAGGUACGUUUGGAAAGGGGUGGAAAGCGUAAUCUAGAUAAUGUUUGACAAAUGAUAGUGCAUGCGUGCAGGAGCGAUAUGUUGAGAGGGAUUUCUCUCUUUUGUGGUAGAGAGAGAGAGAGAGAGAGAGAGAAAGAGAGAAAGAGAAUUUGAAAUACUUUGAUUGAUAGAAAAUUUUGUAUAUAGAGACUUGAAUCGAGUUGAAUUGGUUAAUUGGUUAAUUGAUAGUCGAGUUAUGACGGUGAAUAAGGGAGAUUAAGUAUUCGAAGAGGAUAAGAGGAAGGUGACAAUAAUUGUGGAAGUGGAGGAUGAAGAAGAAAUACAUGAAAGGGGAUGGAAAAUGCUGGAUUUUGGAUACAUGAUAAACGAUUAAUAGUAGUGGUAUAUCGUAGAAAUCAUCAUAUUUCUAUUAUAGAUCUUAUUCAAGAUUUAAAUAAGGAUUAAAGAGAGAUUAAAUAAAGACUGAAAUUGAGUUACAAGAAUUACGACAAUAAUAAAUGAUAUCUUGUUAGAAAUUCGGAAUUUGGAACUGAAAAUAUUUAUCUUAUAUUUAUUUAUAAAACGAUCUUUCGAGAAUAUACUGGAGAAUCUCUGGAAUCCACCAGAGAGAAUUCCCCUCAUCGAAAAUUCUAAAUCCAGUCAGGGAGGGUGAUCGAUGGGGAAGUAAAGAUACGACGAUAAAUCUUUUGAUCCAGGUGAAACAGAGGACAACGGAAGUGGAGGACGCGUACAAGAGGAGUUACAUUCGAAACUGGAAUGGGAACUGCAAUCUGGACGUUUGAUAAACGACAGAGCUAGCAACGUUUCCACGGAAACGAGUCUUGCUUGCACAAAAAAAAAAAAAGAAAGAAAGAAAGAAAGAAAACUAAAAUUCAAAACACUUCCAUCGAAGAUAUCUCCCCUUCCUAAAUAUUCUAAACCGAAAUAGAUACGAAUUAUACAAUCAACGUUGAAAUCAAGUCAAAUCGCGAUAAGAUCCGUGAUUCCUCGAAGCGGAAACGGCAUUCGAAGAGCGAGCUAACGAAGUAAGAAAAGAAAAAAAGAAAAAAAAAAGGAGAGAUCGAAGCUUUUUCUAGAUAUUCCACGACUUCUCUCGAGCGAAUCUUUAAUCGAGGAAGAAGCGAGGAAUCUCGAGGAAUCGAUUCGAGAGAUCGAGCGGGCUCGAAGAAAUCCCUCCGCUCCUGGACUUGAAUGGACAAUAAUAUUCGUUAUCAAGCGUGUCGGGGAGGAUCGCGCGUGUCUCUGUCACGUUUCGAUCGUGGUUAAACCGAUGGUGAACGACGAAGCGUGACCAGGUGCCGGAAGUUCUCUCCACGUCACUUUCGCUCGACCAACUAUCUCGCGGAACAUGACACGCUCCACGAAUCCGUGAUCGCGAUGGAAAUAAUAUUUGGGGGGAUUUGGUGGCAAUCUGCGCCGUUUCUUUGAGAAAAUUAGGCGGAACCGGGUUGUUGGAGGAGGGACCGGAAGUCGAGGAUGCUCGAUAAACGCUUCCUGGUGUAACACUCGAAACUAGCGUGUACGUUUUGGGACUACGGUGAUCUCGUUUCGUUUUUCUAGGUUAAAAGGUGAAAGAAGAGGCAGAAAGAAUCAUGAGGGAUAAAUUUGCAUUCAGCUCAGGGGUGCCGGACAUGCACGAGACCCUGUCCAGUUUUUCGGAACAGUUCAGGGACGGGCCGACGAAGCCGGAAAUAAAGCCGGAAGCAGGUAAGGAGACGGAGAGGACCGCGGAGCCGAAGUGCGGUUGGUUCUGGUUCAGACCCAAAUAUUUGCAACGAUUUCGAACCGCGAAAUGGGCGCUCUUCUGGUUAUGCUGGACAGGUGCGAUGCAAGGGAUGGUGGUGAACGGUUUCGUGAACGUGGUCAUAACCACGAUAGAGAGGAGAUUCGGUUUGAGGUCGUCUCAGACAGGGCUGAUAGCAGGCGGAUACGACAUAGCCAGUUUCCUUACCCUCGUUCCAGUCAGCUUCCUAGGAGGACGCUCGAAAGCGUCGAAACCGAGGUACAUAGGAAUAGGUGUUCUAGUCUUAGGCUUAGGAAGUCUUCUUUUCGCAUCCCCUCAUUAUAUUGCCGGACCAUACAGGGGUGGGCAACAGUCGGAAAAUAUUUGUCAAAGGGUGACGAAUACAUCCUCCCGUUCGCUAUCUUGCAGCGGAUCAGUGGGCCAAAUAGAUCAAGAACCAUACAGUGGAUUGUACUUAAGUAUCUUUCUGAUAGCUCAACUUCUACAUGGGGCUGGCUCUGCUCCUUUUUAUACGCUUGGUGUUACGUAUCUAGAUGAGAACGUGUCGAAGAAGAUGUCCUCUGUGUAUGUAGGAAUUUUCUACACAAUGGCCAUAAUAGGACCUGCGUUAGGAUACGUGGUUGGAGGUGAAUUGUUGAAGCUCUAUACAGAUUUUAUCACCGUGGAUCCAUCAAAGAUUGGCUUAACACCAAACAGCAACGUAUGGGUGGGAGCAUGGUGGAUAGGUUUCCUAGCGGCUGCAGUUUUAUGUUUCAUAAUCGCUAUACCCAUCUUAGCGUUUCCUGCAGCUUUGCCUGGUUCAGAGAAAUUGGCUAAAGAGAGGGUGUCAGAGGCGCACCAAAGGAGCACCAGAAAGCAAUCGUCCUCGAGCGAUCGAGGAGAGGCAUUCUCGAAAAUACGAGAACUGCCUCGCGCCCUGACCGAUCUGCUCGGUAAUCCUGGCUUUUUCAUGUUAAAUCUGGCAGGUGCCAGUGAAGGAUUGCUUAUCGCCGGUUUCGCCGCUUUCCUCCCCAAGCUGAUCGAAAAUCAAUUCAACGUCAGCGCUAGUUCCGCCGCGUUACUAAUGGGUUUGGUAACUGUACCCGCAGGCGGUGGAGGUACCUUCCUCGGUGGUUACCUCAUAAAGCGUUUUAAUUUGCCCUGCUCGGGCAUUUUAAAGUUCUGUCUACUAGCCACCGCAUCCUGCAUCGCCUUCACUUUGUGCUUCGUUCUGAAUUGUCCGAAUUUAAACUUUGCGGGAGUCACUAUACCUUAUUCGAACCAGACCAAAAAAACUUUUUCAUUGGAUAACACGUGCAAUAAUGGCUGUGGCUGCUCGAGAUCAGAGUUCAGUCCAAUAUGCGGAGUUGAUGGAAUCACGUACUAUUCCCCUUGUCAUGCAGGAUGUUAUCAAGGAAUGCGACUAAAUAACGUCGAAAUAUAUACAGACUGCACAUGUAUACGAGCACCACCAAUGAAUCUAACUACUGCAGAUAGUGUGAUUAGUUACGAGGCAAUAAACACUACUUGCAGCACAUCGUGCUCUUAUUUAUGGCCGUUUAUCGCUUUAGCAUUUUGCAACAUGUUUAUAACCUUUCUUUGCACAAUGCCUGCACUUUCCGCGACACUUCGCGUCGUUCGAGACGAUCAAAGAUCGUUUGCCUUAGGUAUACAAUGGAUCAAAGUUAGAAUUCUAGGCACAAUACCAGCACCUAUGGUGUUCGGUGCUCUCAUAGAUGAAACAUGCAUUUUAUGGAACAAAACUUGCGACGGCGAAGGAUCCUGUCUCGUUUAUGAUAACUUAUACAUGAGCAGAUAUAUGCUAGCAUUAGCUUUCAUCGGCAAAGCAGCAUCCCUUCUUUUCUUUUUCCUGGCUUGGUGGACUUAUAUUCCUCCAGGAAGCAGAAAAGUUGCACAAAAUUCGCGGGAAGAGCCUACAACGACAUUUGUGUUAAACGACACUCAGCAUGAAGCGCCAAUCUCACCAGCAACAAUAAAUCCUAUAAUUGAUCCGUAAACAAAAAA